UUCCCAAAUAAGAUGAAAACUCUCCUUCUGAUCACUGCCAUCUUGGCAGUAACUGUUGGUUUCCCGGUCUCUGAAGACCAGGAUAGAGAAAAACGAAGCAUCAGUGACAGUGAUGAAAAUACUCCACAGAUUUUUUUGCCCCCUUUUCAAAACCCAUUAGGCCCAUAUCCACUGAUCAUAAAUCAGGCAUAUCCAGGGUAUAGGUUUUACUUAUUUCCUUUCCCAGUAUCUCAGCUGGCAACUGCGACUCCUCCACCUAAUGAAAAGUGAACAAGGGAGAAAAGUCACAGUGUGAUUUAAGAAGAAAUUAAGUGGUA